AUGCUUUUCGUGCAUUUCGAUUGCGCCGGUACAUCGCAAGAGGUGAAGGCUCUGACAGCAAUGGCGAUUCUCGCUCAAGAAAUAGCAUUCAGGGAUGCUGGGAUGGCUUUUGCUUUGAGUUCCGAUCACACUGCCAUGGGCAAAGUGCUAGUCCUUAUCGCUUCCAUUCAUAAAUUCUAUCCAUCGACGAAAGUGCUGCUGUACGAUAGACUGGAGGAAAAGGAGGUGAGUCAAACAGGGCCAAAAUAG